AUGUCAGCUCCCGACAUAGACGAAAUAAACAGGAUUAGAAAGUCCAUCGGCCUCCCACUCUUGCCCUCCGCCUCCACCGCGGCCAGCGAAGCAAAAGAUGGCCCAAGCUUCAAGGCAGCCACCGCCGACAGCGACGAUGACAGCGAUGCCGAGCCAGCGUCUACCCUCGACACUCGCGAGGCGGCAGGCUACGAGAACUUCCAGAAGUUGCAGGCGGACAAGCGGCGACAGGUAGAGCGACAGCGCAGGAAAGAGGCGCUACAGAAAGCGCGUAAUCAGGAAGAGAUAAAUAAGAGGCUCGAAGGCAAAGGUCUGGCUGAUCUGGCUGGAGACAGCGAUGCGAAGAACUGGUUGAAGAAUAGUAAGAAGCGCCAGGCGGAGAUUGCACGGCAGCGGGCAGAGCAGACCGCCAGGGAAUUGGCUGAGCGGGAGGAGCUGGCGAGGGUCCAGUACACGUCCAAGGAUCUAGCCGGUGUCAAGGUUGCGCAUGAGGUUGGCGAUUUUGAGGAUGGGGAGGGCGAGCAGAUCUUGACGCUGCAGGAUGCGGAGAUACUCAAGGACGAUGGUAGUGAGGAUGAGGACGUGCUUGAAAACGCUGAGAUCAUCGCCAAAGACAAGCUGAAGGAGAAAUUGGACCUCAAGAAGAAGCGCACUGCUUACGAUGUUCACGCCGAUGAGUCGAAUGGCUUGCUCAGCCAGUAUGACGAUAAAAAGCGCAAGGCGUUCACUCUGGACGAACGCGGAAGCGGUGUUCAAGAAAGAGAGGUUAAGCGGCAGGCGGUUGGCGAAAAGCUCAAGAACACCAUCAGUCUCGACAUCCUCAAGCCUGAAGCCGUGUCAGACUAUAAGGAGAUCAAGAUCAAGAAGCCGAAGAAGACCAAGAAAAAGUCUAGUCGCAAGCGAGAGGAGGAUGACGAUGACAUCUUCCCUGCUCAAGCUGCGGGCGAUGCUAUGGAUGUCGAUGUCGCGCGAGCUCCAGCAGCCCCUGUGAAAGCGGCUCAGUCCACCGUCAUUGACGAUGAAGACCUCUCCAAUGCACUGUCAUUUGGCCGCCGUGCAGCGCUCAAGAAGCAAAAGCGACGACCCGAAGAUAUCGCCAAGCAGCUGAAAGAAGAGGAAGAGGAAGAAGCUGCGGCUGCCGCAGUGGAAGAAGGCGGUCUCACCCUCGACGAAACCUCUAACUUCCUUGACAACCUCUCCUCUCGCCCUCGCUCCCCAUCUCCCAGAGCCCGUGCUCGCAAGCAGACAACAGAAGAGCCAGCCUCUGAACCGAAAGCCUCCCCCGACUUGGACAACGACCACCCUAUGGCCGAGUCCACGGGCACUUGGGACAACUCCAAUCUGGCGACAGUCCGUCAGCCCUCCGCGACCCCCAACAUCGCCACAACCGGCAUCGAUGAAGAAGAAGACAUCAGCACCGGUCUCGGCGCCACGCUGUCUCUUCUCCGGAAGCGCAAGGGUCUCGAUGAAGGCCCCAACACUUCUGAUCGCAAUCAACUCGGCAUUCAGCGCCAAAACUUCAUCACCGAGGCCCGUCUCCGCGAGCUCAGGGCGGAACAAGACGCCCGUGCCCAGCGUGAGGGUGACCGCGCAUCAGGCCGCAUGACGCAGAUGUCCGCCAGAGAACGUGAAGAGUACGCCCGCAAUCAGAACUCGCGACGCGAGCAACAGAGCAGUAUCGCGGCGGCAGCGGCCUUCAAUCGAGACUACAAGCCGGAUGUGCAGUUGAAGUAUGUGGACGACAAGGGCAGGAGUCUGAAUCAGAAGGAGGCGUUCAAGCAGUUGAGCCACAUGUUCCAUGGGAAGGGCAGUGGGAAAGGAAAGACCGAGAAGGAGAUGAAGAAGCGGGAACGAGAGGAGCAGGCGAAGCGUCGGGGCGUGUUGAGCACGGAUGGGGCCGGCUUGACGACGGGAGGCGGCAUUGCGCAGGCAAUGGGGAAGCAGAAGGGUCAGGCGGGCGUGAGAUUGGGUUGA